AAUGCUAAAGGCUUACAGGCGGGCAUCGACAGUGCCACCAUUGAGCAGAAGUUUGUGGACUAUAGAGGGACAAAUGGGGAGUCGGUCAUCAACUUUACCGCUGGGACUCAACGAUACACACUGGACUUCACUGCAAUGGAGCAGACUAAUGUCCGAUACGGUACACGCAGAGAAGUCCGGCGAAGACCCAAAUUUGUAGCCAUGGACGAACGCAAGAUACUGGCAAAGGAGCUUUCUAAAGCACAAACAGGCGGUGUUGUCGUGCCAACGACCUGGGAUAAUCGAGGCACACAGACAGAAAUGAAACUGGUCAGGCUGACGGACUACACCAGCCCUGAAUACACUGUCAUCGCCAACUUGUUCUGGGACACCAUGGAUAACAAGGGAACCAUCGUCUCUGUCGAGAGAAUACAAAACCUAGAGCUGUGGGAAGACUUCUACAAAUGUAGUUCAUUCACAGAAAAAAAUGGCGGCAAAGCUGUCCGUACUGAGCAGCUGUUUCACGGAACGACAUCUAAAUACGCCAGCGCCAUCUGCAGUCAGAAUUUUGACUGGCGACUCAGCGGAAGUAACGUUGGUACUCGGUAUGGCAAAGGCAGCUACUUUGCCCGUGAUGCUGUAUUCUCCCAUAGCUUUACCAAGUCCGACGAUCUCAACCACCGCUAUAUGUUCGUCGCAAAAGUUCUGGUGGGCACCUAUACAACCGCAUCAGAAUAUACGAGGCCGCCACCCAAAGACCCGCAGAAGCCACUAGAAGACCUGUAUGAUUCCUGCGUGAACGACACGGCAGAUCCCGAGAUAUAUGUCAUCUUUGAAAAAAACCAGGUGUACCCCGAAUAUCUGAUCAAGUACAGCGAGGUCUCCAGGUACCAGCCUGCAACCAAAGCAGAGUUCCUCCAACCACAGCCCAAGGACCAUUUGGGAACCCAUAUACCAACCUCUAGUUCCAGAACCCAAAGCCAAUAUGCCACAUCUAGUUCUAGAACCCAAAGGCCAUAUGCAACCUCUAGUGCCACAAUUACCCACAACCCAUAUGCCACAUCUAGUGCCACAACCAAAACCCAUAUGCCACAUCUAGUGCCACAGCCCAAAACCCAUAUGCCACGUCUAGUUCUAGAACCCAAAACCCAUAUGCCACAUCUAGUUUUAGAACCCAAAGCCAAUACACAUCCUCCAGUUCCGGGACCCAAAGCCCAACCACUACCCCUUCAACUUCCGCCAACUCACAGAGCGGAUACACCCGUGCAUCUUCUAAUCAGUCACAACCAAACAACAAAGCAAGUGUACCAUACAGUAACACAAAUGCAAGUACCCUUAAGUGGAGACCAAUGA